AUGCCUAUCUCAACAUUCUCAUAUAAUCGUUGGCAUAAUUACUUAUGUUAUGAAUAUCAAAGUGCAGCAUUUUUGAUGGAAAAUGAUAGUGAACGGUGGCAAAUAGCAUGUUUGUGGAAUGGUAAUGAUAUAAAUGGGACAUGUGCGCCAGCACCAUCCUAUAAUAAGCCAAUUGCUUAUAUCGAACCUGAAAAAUGGCGAAAAAUGUUAUAUAAAUUCCGAAAAAGUAUUGGCUGUACAGCAAGAGCCAUGUGGGAAGCCCAAAAGGCUCAAGAAUUAUAUGUGUGUUCAGAACGAUGUUUACAUGGCGGCAUUGGUUAUACGCCAGUAUUGCUUAUCUCUGUGACACUUAUGAUAUCCAUCACUCUGUUAUGUUUCCGAGGAUAG